AUGGGUGAACGACAAGUGUUUCCAAGGCAGAUAAAAAGUACACUUCUAUCAAAAGUAUCUGCCAUCUAUAAAACAGACAUUGAAUUAAAAAAAGACAGAAUAGUUAAACCUGUAACCAAAAAAGCUGUUGAACUAUUGAAAAAAGACCUAGCAUUAGAGGAAGAAAACAUGUUUUAUCUUCGCCAUCCUUUCCUUACUAGAGAACAAUCAGCAGGGCAUGCUAGGUACCUGCAAAAAUAUGAAACUAGGUUACAGAAAUAUAGGAACCAGAGAAAUGAGAAAUUUGCUAAGCACAGGACAUUAAAAAAUGAACUGUCUCAUUUAAAAACAAAAGAACAGUGGGAGUUUACUGCUGGUUCUUUGCCCAUUUACAUAGGAUUGGAGUGGUGGAAAGCCAUGUACGCUCUCUUUGCCAAGAGGACGAGAUGUACGACCUGCAACUCCCAGUAUGCCCCACUCUGUCAGAUAUCCGCUAUAAUUCUGAUGGGAUCGGCACAAACACAAGCAAUGGAAUCAUGGUGGAAUUGUAUUGGACUGACAGGAGCCAAAUGGUCUAAUAUCCAACGGCAGAGGUGAUAUCUAAAUAAUAAAAUUAAAAAAAAAAGGUUUAAUUUUAUUUCUGAUGAUAAACCAUAAGCUUGGGUCGAAGUUUUGGCAUCCAUAAUAAAAAUACUAUUUAUCAUCCAACAUAACCUUAAUGGUUAUGCGAACUAUAAUUUAUCCCCAAAUUUGAAAAAGAGAUUUGGUCUAAUAGAUCAAACA